AUACAGGUGGCGUAGUUGAAAUUGAAUUCGAUUAUUAGUGCGUUUUCGGCUGCUCAAUUAUUUGUUUGCCCAACGUGUUCGCUGACAGGAUAUCAAAACGUUGAUGUAAAACUACUAACAAACCCAAGACAUCUACCUACCACAUUUCAAGAAUGUUCAAAUUUUGGGACACUUGAAAUAUUUUACAAUUGUCAGUUUCAUCAUAUAAUACCAGCCCAGGAAGAUUGAGGUUACAAUGUAAGAUCACUUAAAGACACGGGUGUAGGAGGAGGUAAUAGCAUGAAGCAGAGUGCGAGUUUUCUGCUCGCUUUUCAAGCAUUACUGAUUGCAUCCAUUGCAGAACCCUUUGAACAACCUCCAAAACAUCCAGAGAAGAAAGGGCACCUUUGUUCAGAUUCACCUACUCGAUGUAAUACUACUCAGAGCCAAGAUGUAGUUAAAGUCCAGUUUUCCAGUCGGGUAGUUAAAAACGAAUACAUAGUAGCAUUUAAAGGAUACUACAAACCAGGUGCCCGCAAAAGCUAUAUAGGAGCUGCCUUGAAUUCCUCUGGAGUUGACAAUUGGCAGAUCUUAUCCAGAGAUAAUCCUGCUAGUGGAUUUCCAAGUGACUUUGAUGUUGUUCUAUUGGAAGAAACGGACAGAUACAAUGGCUUAAGUGCACUUAGUGAUCAUCCCCUUGUUAGGAGAGUUACUCCACAGAGAGUUGUGCAUAGAACUUUGAAAUAUAUCAAUAGCACCGAAGAUGGAGAUAUGCCGGAAUAUAAGGAUUUUAGAAGAAAAAUCAAUAGCCAUAACAACCAGUUUUGGCAGUCAACUGCACGGCACGCUACUCGCCGGCUGCUACGAGCUAUUCCGCGGCAAAUCACCAGCAUACUUCAAGCGGAUGCACUUUGGGGAAUGGGUGUCACUGGACAAGGUAUCAAGGUAGCAGUGUUUGACACUGGACUAGCUGCCAGUCACCCACAUUUCAAGAAAAUUAAAGAAAGGACCAAUUGGACAAAUGAAAAAACCUUAGAAGAUGGACUAGGCCAUGGAACAUUUGUUGCUGGUGUUAUAGCCUCAGUAUCGCGUGAAUGUCUUGGCUUUGCUCCUGAUGCAGAGCUACAUGUGUUCAGAGUAUUCACAAAUGCGCAAGUUUCCUAUACUUCUUGGUUCCUAGAUGCCUUCAAUUACGCAAUUCUUGCCAAAAUAGCUGUCCUCAACCUCAGCAUCGGUGGUCCAGAUUUUAUGGAUCAUCCGUUUGUUGACAAAGUUUGGGAGUUAACUGCUAAUGGUGUGAUCAUGGUUUCAGCGAUUGGAAAUGACGGCCCUUUAUAUGGGACAUUAAAUAAUCCCGCGGAUCAGAUGGACGUUAUUGGAGUAGGCGGCAUAAAUUGGGAAGAUCAGGUGGCUAAGUUUUCAUCUCGAGGCAUGACGACAUGGGAGCUACCCUCAGGAUAUGGCCGUGUGAAGCCUGACCUAGUCACUUAUGGUUCGGGGGUACGUGGUUCUGCAUUACAAGGAGGAUGUCGCACUUUAUCUGGAACGUCGGUUGCUAGUCCUGUAGUUGCUGGAGCAGUAGCUCUUCUGGCCAGUGGUUUUUUGACAAAUUCCGGAUCCAGUUCCCAGGGUCUCAACCAAAGAAAAGUCACGCCGGCCAGUAUGAAGCAAGCUCUCUUGGGGUCUGCACGUCGGCUACCUGGGGUUGGAAUGUUUGAGCAGGGUGCCGGCCGACUGGAUCUUUUACGCGCUUUCCACUUCCUACGUUCGUAUCGACCCAUUGCUACACUGAGUCCCAGUUACAUAGAUCUAACCGAAUGCCAGUACAUGUGGCCUUACUGCACACAAGCUAUCUACCACACUGGGAUGCCAACAAUAGUGAAUGUGACAAUAAUCAAUGGUCUAGGGGUGUCAGGGCACGUUGCUUCGGUCAAGUGGCAUCCAUACGCACGUGAUGGAAAUGGAGAACGCAUUGAAGUUGCCCUCACCCACAGCGACGUUCUAUGGCCUUGGUCAGGGUGGAUUGCCAUAGCCAUAACUGUCCCAGCUACAGCCAGCAAUUGGCAGGGUAUCGCCCAAGGUCAUAUAUCCUUGAGAAUUGAAUCGCCUCCAGGAGAAGGAGAACAGGAGCCACGACUCUCCACUGUUGAUUUGCCUCUGAAAGCAAAGGUCAUACCCACACCCCCUCGUCACAAGAGGAUACUUUGGGAUCAGUUCCAUAAUCUACGUUAUCCACCUGGCUAUUUUCCACGCGAUGAUCUACGAGCCAAAAAUGACCCUCUGGACUGGAAUGGGGAUCAUAUCCAUACCAAUUUUAAGGACAUGUAUCAGCACUUACGUAAUGCUGGAUAUUAUUUGGAGGUGCUAGGCACGCCGCUUACUUGUUUUCAUGCAAAAAAUUAUGGCACCUUACUCAUUGUGGACUCUGAAGAAGAAUUUUUCCCCGAAGAGGUGGCGAAACUCAAAGUUGAUGUGGAAGAGAAGGGAUUGUCCGUCGUCGUGUUUGCUGAUUGGUACAAUGUGACAGUGAUGCGUAAAGUCAAGUUUUAUGAUGAAAAUACACGUCAAUGGUGGGUACCGGAUACUGGUGGUGCCAAUAUACCAGCUCUGAACGACCUUCUCUACACCAACUGGGGUAUAGCCUUUGGGGACACUGUCUGUGAUGGACAGUUCACUUUUGGUCAACAUCCCCCAGUCACCUUUGCUUCUGGUACAACACUUGCCAGGUUUCCAGAGGACGGGCUGGUACUCAGUGUAGAUAUGAAAGAUCAAGGGCACGAGCUGUUGUCGGAAAGUGACGCGAAACAGUCAGAAUCUGUUCCGAUUCUUGGCUUAUUCCAGUCUCGAAGCCGCACGGAAAUUGGUGACCGGCAGAAUAUUAUGAACGAUGAAGUUGAAAAUGUUAUAGGACAGCUUGAACCAGGAAAAAACUCUGAGAAAGAAACUGCUGGCAGAAUCAUAGUUUAUGGUGAUUCGAAUUGCAUCGACGAUAGCCACCAACAAAAACCUUGCUUCUGGAUGUUGGAUGCUAUAUUAGAAUUCGCCACUACUGGGCAUGUGCCAUUCGUCUUUGAGACAGCGAGUCGACAUGACCAUGGAUUGGGAAAGGCAAAGGCAGACGUAGAACUUCCUCAGCGGAUGGAGGGCAGCCAUCUAAAUCGUCACAGUAAAGUUUUGGAAGCUGAUGGUGGCGGCGGACGCCUACGAUCCCUUCCUCCAUGUCCUGUACCUAUACUUGCCACGCCCCAACCACUCAACGAGUCCGUUCCUGCUAACUUGUACAAGUCGCAGAAGUUGCUGUCUGUGGGAGAGGGUUUCAUUGUAGCUGUACCACAGCUGCAAGAAUUAGACUCGACAUGGCCAAAACGACGGAGCGGGAGCACAAAUGUAGGUAUACCACAAUACUCUGGGGGUGGAAACAGCGAUGACAGGAAUGGCGAAGAAGAGGGUAGAAAAGCAGAGAGGAGAUGGUGGACAACCCGAGAACAAUGGAGAUUGUUAGCAGGGAUUAUAGCUCUCGGGAUAGCCAUUCUCUGUGCCUUUAGUCGCUGGGGUUGUUGUACAGCAAAACGUCAUCCUCGAAGAAAAAGAGCAACCGGUAGAUUGCGCAGAGUUAUCCAAGCUAUAGCCAUACGUAGGGUACCUCAAAUAUAGUCGGAGUAGAUUCUGUUGCAGAGUAUAAUCAUGUUGGUGAUUUUUACUGUUGGAGGAUCGUGUGGGUUCUGAAUUAGACAUUAUAGCCAGGUGGAAUAGAAGCAUCUUGUGUCUGCUGCACGGUAAAGAUCCGACCAGAUUUUUAUUUUUUUUUAUUAGGUGCUACGUUUCAAUUGAGUGCCUUGAAGUGAUGAGGUCUUGAGCCAAAUGCCGAUGCAUUUGACGAAAUCCGACCGAUUUUGUGUACAUAUUAUAAUAGAAUGAAAUCAGUAUAAGUCCAAUCCAAAUUGGCUGAUAUGGCAUGGGCAAAUAAUAAGCUAGCUAAUGUAGAGACAGGGUGGACUACUUUAUAAAGAAUAGCUGAGAGUUAUUGCCAGUGCCUUAACACGCAAUCGAUGAGUCAUGAGGGAUAAAAAUUAUUUUGUUCCACUUCUAAUCAGACUACCAUAGGUCGAUUAAAUUUCACACUUGAUAUUUGAUCAUUCUAGAAAUCGGGAAUCAUGUAUACAUAUUUGAUACCGAAAAUAUGUUGACCAAAUAUAAGUGACUAUUAAUUGAGAACAUUUAGUCCUAAUCAAGUGACUCAAGAAUCACUAGAUAAUAGACACCUUGUGAUAUAAAAUCCCUACGUGGUGUACUUAUUGUCAUCCUUGUAUAGCUACUUUCUAAAUGAUCUUUUAUUUUUAUGUUUUCAACCUGCAACUCUUUGUGAAUAAUUGGAUACAAGACAAGAUGGUUUUGGGCAAUUGUUAAGAGACCAUACUUUGAGGAAAACCCAGGUAAAUUAAUUGAAAAUACUUAAGAUGGUGUUCACAAUGGCUUUAUGAAGGUUUUAUCAUUAUGGCAAAGACUUGGAAAAAUCAAUGUUUAGAAAAUAUCAACACUAAUAGUUUGUGUCUGAACAUCGUGGUUUUUACGAAGCUUUAAUGUGACAGCCAUGAGGAAUGCAAUCACGGAAAUUAAAAUUGUUUACCGCGCAAGCUCUGUUAGGUCUUUGGGUCCCACAAGUCGCAAUGAUUCAGCAUUUUGGGCUAGCAGCUAUAACUAAAUUAUUAUUUGUUUGUCUAGAGAGCAUUGCGAAUAAUGAGCUAUUUUAUUUGUAAAACAUUCAAAGGUAUACACAUAUUAUAUUAAAAUUAGAAAUAUAAAAAAAAAAAUUAUGAAUAAAUAUAACCAAUUUAUACCAAUUA